AUGCCACUCACAUCACUCCCCGUGGAGAUUCUUGAAAAGGUCUGCUUGAAUAUUGCACGUUCACCAGACAUCGCAGAGCACAGAGGCUCGCGUCUCUUCAACUUUGGCGAACGAGCCCAGACCGAGGUCGUCGCCGAGACCUCUUCCGCCGCCGCCUCUUCUGCCCAUCCCUCUAGCGAAGAUGACGACGAAGACGAAAAAGACGACGACGAAGACGAUUACUAUACGGAUUCGCCAUGGCGCGUUCCCUCUGUCUCCGAUGGCAGCUUUGACUCGGAUAGCAGCUCUAAGAUGGGGGAGGGAUCUACAUCUCGGCCGUUCCAACCGGAUGAGGACGCCGAUAAGUUCUCGGACAGAGACUUGGCAGCACUGGCACUAACAUGUCGUCACAUGUAUGCUAUCGCGAAUAAAAUCCUCUACCGACGCGGAGGCACAGCCGUACGACUCGCAGACUACACCGAAACAGUCCUAACUCACCCUCAUCUGAUGGAGCAUGUCGAGCAUUUGACUGUGGCCAAGAGUCGCCGCAGCGGUGCAGUUACUGAGGAGCUCGCCCAGCUAUGCAACGAAAUUUUUGUGAGCCACAAUGUCGUGAGUCCUCAGGGAAAACCCGUCACCUGCUGGGCUGGUGAACAAGAAAAGCCCUACCCGGCCUGGCCCCCUCUAUCGUCGAGGCUGGUUAUAGCUUUAUUGCUCAGGCUGCCAAAUGUAAAAACCAUGGACAUCCAUUAUGGGUUUCAUCUUGGUAGUACACCCGUCGCCAACAACCCCCCUUGCCUCCCAAAGCUGCAGGCAGUACGAGUGAUGGAUUGUCACGAGUACGGCCGUAACCAUCAUCAAUACGGCUAUCAUUCACGACUGCUGCCACAAACCACCGUUCAGUGGAUGCUGGACGCUGCCCCGAACCUGAUAGCUAUUGACACGUCAAAUAUUGCCUUUGUCACUGCUCUACGGCAUCCUUCUGUUUCUGUGUUUGCGAUACAUAGUGGAUGGGCUCACCCCAGGGAGAUCCAGCAGCUAAUGGAAAGCAUGCCAGGGCUACGAUCGCUCAAAUACCACUCAAGCAGUCUUCACGCCGAGCAGAUGAAGUCCAAGGAUCUGUACCGCGCAGUGCGUGCCAGCGGGAAUGAAUUCCUAGUUGUUGAUGCUCGUUUCAACGUCAUCGCAACGGAAAGGCUCGGCACCAGUUCAAUUCCAGCCGGUGAAGGACAAGCAAACAAUCUUUCUAGUGUGCCGGUGUCUAGCAAUCCCUCUCUCUUGCCGUUGUCUAACGAUCUUUCUAUCUUGCAGGUGUCUAACGAUCUUUCGAUCGUACCGGUGUCUUACGAUCCUUCUGUUGGGUUGGCGCCUGACGAUCAUUCCCUCUUGUCGGCGCCUCUCAUGCCUCUUGUGGACAUUCACAAGCUUCGCAUCAAGGCGAUUCGCAUCAAUCUGCUGCCUGUUCAUGAACCUUCCGGAAGCCCUUGGGAUUGUCGGUUUCAAUGCAUCAUCCCAGCCACGGCCGAGAUUAUUGCUGUUGAUCAUUAUAAAAAUUGGGAUGACAUCACGGCUUUGGCGGAUUAUGUUAUUCGUUGCUGCCGCGUGGUCAAGGCAAUUUACAUCCGCAACUUGGGACAUGACUUUCAAAUUCUUGAUAAUGAGGAACCGGCACGCAGGUUGAAGGCCAAUGGCAUUACUUGCCAGGCCUAUUCACACAUUGACCUGCUCCAACUAGCUGAUCCAUUUGGUUUUGUACGAACCAGCUUUUGA